AUGGGUGUUCAAUGGAAUAUGGCAAUCAUACCAAUACUAUUUUUAUUUUUGUUCACUUCAACAGCUAAAGCUCAAUCUGGGGUUUUUGAUUUAGUUGCCAAGUAUGGUGCAAAAGCUGAUGGAAAGACGGAUUUGAGUCAACCAUUGUUGAAUGCUUGGAAAGAAGCAUGUGCGUCGACAACUCCAUCCAAAAUUGUGAUUCCUAAAGGGACUUAUUUUUUAAGUAAAGCAACCUUGGAAGGUCCUUGUAAGGGUCCUAUUGAGCUUCAGGUUCAGGGCACUGUGAUGGCUCCGGCAGAUCCUAGCGUUUUCAAGCAGCCUGAUUGGGUUGCCUUCAACCGCAUUGAUCAGUUCAGUAUGUCUGGCGGUGGAGUUUUUGAUGGCCAAGGAGCUACUGCUUGGGGCAAGAACGAUUGUGCUAAACAUAAAUAUUGUACCGCACUUCCCGUUAAUUUAAGGUUCAAUUUUGUGAACAAUGCCAUGAUACAAGACAUAACGACCAAAGACAGCAAACAAUUUCAUGUUAAUGUUUUGGGAUGCAAAAACAUCACUUUCCUACAUUUCACCGUCUCCGCACCUGAAAACAGUAUAAACACAGAUGGAAUCCACAUUGGACGAUCAGAUGGGGUCAACAUUACUAACGCAAUCAUAAAAACUGGUGAUGAUUGUGUCUCUUUGGGUGAUGGUAGCAAGAAUGUGGUUGUCCAUGGAGUAACCUGCGGACCAGGUCAUGGUAUCAGUAUCGGUAGCCUUGGAAAGUUUCAAGGUGAAGAACCAGUUGCCGGAGUUCAUGUGUCGAAUUGCACCAUCAGUAAUACUAUGAAUGGUGUUAGAAUCAAAAGUUGGCCAGCUUCCUAUCCUGGCUCUGCAACGGACAUGCAUUUUCAAGAUAUCACCAUGAAUAAUGUCGGCAAUCCUAUCAUCGUUGAUCAAGAAUACUGUCCAUGGAAUCAAUGUAAUUUAAAGCUUCCAUCACGUAUUAAACUGAGCAACAUUAGCUUCAAGAACAUCCGAGGCACUUCUUCAACUCAGCAAGCUGUCAAACUUAUUUGCAGUAGCAGUUUGCCAUGCGAAGGUGUGGAACUCGCCAACAUUGACCUUGUCUACAAUGGACCCGAAGGACCUGCAACAUGUCAUUGUCAGAAUGUCAGUCCCAAACUUACUGGCAAACAGAAUCCGUCCACGUGUUCCACUCCUUCCCAGUGA